UAUAAGAAUUGAUUUACGUGAGCUGGCGGAAUAAAUUCAUUUCGGAGUUGUAAUUGCAGUCAGUACCCACCUGUCUCUCCAGCAGUCAGUACCCACCUGUCACCUGUCACCCACCCACGCCUUCAUGGAGUUCAUUGCCCCCACGGUCAGGUGGUUGUUUUUCUGUGACGAUGACGACGAUUGUUCUGAGAGUGGUCAGUGCACCUGCUCGCCGCCCAGCUGCCCGUCCGACAGGUGGCGCCUGCUGCUGUGGUUCACGCUGCACACGCUGGUCUGGUGCACGGCUGACCACACCUGGACCAACGUGGCUGUGGCCUUCACCUGUCUAGCCGUGCUGGGCCUGACCGUCACGUCUAAGAUCACCACCCUCAACAACCUGAGAACCGUCGUCAUCGGUUACGUCACCCUACUCGCCACCAACAUCGCCAUCAGCGCGCUGAUCCUCAUGACGUCACGACACACCUACCUGACCUACGAAUACCUGGCCAAGAAAGUUAUCCUCAGGGAGAGUGAGAUGUUGAGACGCUGGUGUCCACAGACCUGUAUAACUGUCGGCAGUAUCACGGGAGUCACGUGCCUCAUGCGGGGGCUUCACAGACAGUUCUUUUAAAGCUCGGAUCUCGUGCAUGUGUGUACACGUGGCUGUGUACACGUGGCUGUGUACACGUGGCUGUGUACACGUGGCUGUGUACACGUGACCUACGCCCUCACACUUUUGACCUUACACGGCUGACCAACACCCCCCACACG